AAACCGCUGAGUGAUUGGCCAGCGAAGGCGCUUCCUUCCGGCGGGAAGGGUUCGGGAGGCGGGGACUUGGGAGUGUGCAAGCACUGUCACGGGGUUGGACAGGCCACGUCGGGGAGGGUUUGUGGGUGAUCCCUGGGUCCCCCCGCCCGCGGAGGACAUGGAUGAGGAUGGGCUUCCUCUCAUGGGGUCAGGCAUAGACCUGACCAAGGUGCCAGCUAUUCAACAGAAAAGAACCGUGGCAUUUCUAAACCAGUUUGUGGUGCACACUGUACAGUUCCUCAACCGCUUCUCUACAGUUUGUGAGGAGAAGCUGGCAGACCUUUCUCUUCGUAUCCAACAAAUUGAAACAACUCUCAAUAUUUUAGAUGCAAAGUUGUCGUCUAUCCCAGGCCUAGAAGAUGUCACGUUUGAAGUGUCUCCUGUCAGUGUCACUAGCACCACCAAUGAAUCACAUUCUGAAGCCACCUCAGAGCGAUCACAGAACAGUUUACAAGACUCUGGACCACAGGAAAGUGAAGUAGCAGCAGAAAAUAUCUUAACUGUAGCCAAGGAUCCAAGAUAUGCCAGAUAUCUCAAAAUGGUUCAAGUGGGUGUUCCAGUGAUGGCAAUAAGAAACAAAAUGAUAUCAGAAGGGCUAGACCCAGAUCUUCUUGAGAGGCCAGAUGCUCCGGUGCCUGAUGGCGAAGGUGAAAAAAAUGCAGAAGAAAGUUCAGAUAGCGAAUCUUCUUUUAGUGACUAAGUUUGACUUUGAUAGCAAGUAUGUAUACACGUGUAGAUGGACAUUUACAUUAUAUCAGAAAGAGAGCCUAAACUUGAACUCUUUGUCCAAAAAAAGCAAAUGGCCAGAUAUUCACACCAAGCUUCCUCUGUGUUAAAACCAUAAUAAUAAUAAAGCAUUUAUAACCUGGCAGUAUGUCUUACUACCAAAAUAAAGGGCCCUGAACUGAAAAGUAAAAUAGACUAAAAAAGUUCAGUUAGUGCUACAAAUACUAAGAUGGAAUACUGCAGGGA